AUGCCUACGGUCGAGCCCAUCUUCACCGAAAUAUCCGCCUCGACGUCGCCAACAGUGACGUCGCCGUCCUCGCCAACUCCCACGGUUACGUGUCCCAGCGACCAGAAUCUCACUUCUCUGGCGGACAUCAAAAGCAGCCAAGAUGAGAAACGCGAAAGCGAUGCUGCUGCGGUAGUGGAACUUGGUCCGGGUGAUGUGGAGGCCCAGCGUGAGAGCCAGAGCCAGAGCCAAGAAGAGCUGGACCUUUCUAUUCCGCCGCCUGAUACAAGCAAAGAAGCAUGGCUCUUCCUGGCGGCUUGUUUUAUGAUGGAGGUCAUGGUAUGGGGUUUUCCAUUUGCCUUUGGCAUCUUCCAGGACUACUACCGCACUCACGAACCAUUUAAAGGCUCGUCCAAGACGGCCAUCAUAGGAACCUGCGCCACGGGCAUCAUGUAUCUCGACGCCCCCCUCGUCAUCGCCCUCGCCCGCCUCUAUCCCAACCAAGGACGGCUGAAUCCCACCAUCGGCCUGCUCAUGAUGUGCGUCGCCCUCGCGCUCUCGUCCUUUGCGACAAACACGACGCACCUCAUCCUCACGCAGGGCGCGCUGUACGGCAUCGGCGGCUCCAUCGCCUACAACCCGUGUCUGAUGUACGUCGACGAGUGGUUCGACCGCCGCAAGUGCAUGGCCUAUGGCCUCAUGUGGUCCGCAACGGGCCUCGGCGGCUUCACGAUCCCGCUGGUUCUCGAGGCGUUGCUCGGCCGCUAUGGGUUCCGCGCCACGCUGCGGAUAUGGGCGGUGGCUCUCUUUGUGGUGACGAUGCCUCUGGUGUAUUUCGUGAAGCCCCGUCUGCCGCCGUCAAUGACUGCUCACAUCAAGCCGCUGGAUUGGGGCUUCAUGAGGACUCGCGUCUUUGCGAUAUACCAGCUGGGCAACGUGAUCGAAGGCAUGGGGUUCUUCUUGCCGGGUAUUUUCCUGCCGACGUAUGCGCAGGACAUUCUCGGUGCGGGUUCGUUUGCUUCUGCGGCUACGCUGCUGGUGCUCAACAUUGGGUCGGUGGUUGGGCCUGUGACGAUGGGGAUGCUGGUUGACAGAUUGCAUGUUACGACCUGCAUUCUGAUAUCGACCGUAGGAGCUGUUUUCGGUGUUCUUCUUCUGUGGGGUCUGGGCUCCAACAUUGGCAUUCUGUAUGUCUUUUGUCUCUCCUAUGGCAUCUUCGCCGGCUCAUUUACGACUUCGUGGCCAGGCAUCAUGAAGCAUGUCGUCAAGGUUGCUACCGAAAGAGACAAGGCAGCCAGCGCUGGAGACCUUGAUGGCAUGAGCGUGAGUAAGUAUGAUCCGCUCAUGGUGAUUUCGUUCCUCUCCAUUGGUAGAGGUGUUGGGAAUAUUGUAUCAGGCCCGCUGAGCGAGGCUCUGAUCAGGGGUAUGCCGUGGCAGGGCCAGGCUGCUGGAGGGUAUGGGAGUGGCUAUGGUGUUUUGAUUGUAUUUACGGGUGUUACGGCGUUGGUGGGAUGUGUGAGCUUUGUUGCGAAUAAACUGGGAUGGAUGAAAUAG